AUGGCACAGAGCUUGCGACUGCACUUCACAGCAAGAAGAAGCAACACUUACCCUCUGUCGGAAACUCCAGAAGAUGAGCUGGACAGGCGGAUUCCCGGGUCCUUCCAGACCCCAGCACGGAUUUCAGCCUCGAAUGUAGUUCAGAUGAACCUGACUCCUAGGCACGCUGCCUUUGCUGCUCCGUUCACACAGGACCAUGGGAAGCCUCGGGAAGUAGCCUUUGUCCCUUCCUCUGACAGUGUGCAGAAGAAGACCAGCUGCCUGCAGAUUUCCCUCCAGCCCAUAAGGUACGGUGGAGGUCUCCAGUCUAGCCACGUCUUAACGGAGGGGGAGGAUGUCUUAUUUGCUGUAAUUGAUCAUGAACUGCACGAUGCUCCUGCCCCUGGGAGUGGGAGCCUCAGUAACGUGUCAGCCAGUGACAAUGGAUCCUGCAGUAGCACUGGUAGCGAUUACGGCUCCUGUACAAGUAUCACAAGUGGAGGUUCGUACUCAAACAGUGUCCUCAGUGACAGUAGUACCUGCACUUGCCCACCAAGUGAUGAGACACUUUUUGGUGGCACUUUAUCUUCCGACAGCACCUCGAAUACAACCAAACCACACAGGAGCACCCCUCCCUGUGAGAUUUUUUCCAGAAGUCCCAGUGUGGUCCCCAUCAUCCAGGAUGGCUCAGAGCCUGGACUAGACGUGGUGACUUCGCCUGUGAGCAGGAAUACAAAAAUCCCACUCAAGCGCUGUUCCUCCUUAGUCAUUUUUCCUAGGAGUCCUUCAACCACGCCACCAGCUUCCCCCACCACCACGGGUCUUCUCCCAAGCAGAGGAGCCUACCAAACCUCUCACCAGUUGGUGGUUUCUCCUAAUGAGCCUGGACAUCACGAAGAUGGCACCAGUGCCAAAGGAUUCCUCUCCACAGCUGUCAAUGGACUCCGAUUAUCCAAAACACUCGGGACCCCCGGAGGAGAAGUGAGAGACAUCCGGCCACUCCAUACAUCACCAAAGAGAGUUGUUGUUUCAAAUCAUAACAGGCCAAACCCGACUCUCUGUGAGAAGUCGGCCGAAGGGUAUGCUUGCGUUUCAGUGCAGUUCACCCAACAGACAGCAAGCCUGUUAGAUGGUGAAACAAAGGGUGAUUGUCAACCAGAGAGGUCAGAAAUGAAGUUUCCUUCUGAGUCCGAGCAUCCCAAGUUCCCACCUAGGGCACCAUCGGCUUGCCUACCGAACACCCCCAACAUAGAUUGCCAGGUCAAUAUCAGUGGAGAGUUGGAAAGACCAAAGCCGCAGAUGCACAGAAACCACGCUACUCUACAAAGAAGUAUUUCAUUGGGAGGAACGUAUCCAAAUAUUUCCUGUUUAUCCAGCCUGAAGCACAAUUGUUCUAAGGGGGGACCAUCGCAGUUACAUAUAAAAUUUGCAUCUGGAAGUGAAGUUAAAGUUGAUAAUUUAUCAAGAGAGAGCAACAGAGAUUUCACAGGCCAACUGUCUCAUUCUUACAAGACAAGAGAUGAUUUCCUAGGUCAAGUGGAUGUUCCUCUUUAUCCAUUACCGACAGAAAAUCCACGAAUGGAGAGACCAUAUACAUUUAAGGAUUUUGUUCUUCACCCAAGAAGUCAUAAAUCAAGGGUGAAAGGUUAUCUGAGAUUAAAAAUGACUUAUUUACCUAAAACCUGUGGCUCAGAAGAAGAUAAUGCUGAACAGGCAGAAGAAUUAGAGCCUGGCUGGGUUGUUUUGGACCAACCAGACGCUGUCUGCCAUUUGCAGCAGCAGCAAGAACCUUCUCCUCUUCCCCCAGGAUGGGAAGAGCGGCAGGACGUCCUUGGAAGGACCUACUAUGUAAACCAUGCAUCGCGAAGAACACAGUGGAAAAGACCAACCCCACAGGAUGACCUAACAGAGGCUGAGGGUGGGGACAUGGAGCUGCAAGCACAGCGCGCGUUCACCACUCGGAGGCAGAUCUCUGAGGAAGCAGAAGCCAUGGAUCCCCGGGAUGCCUCUGAGACCUGGGAAGUGAUAAGAGAAGACGAAGCCGCCAUGUACAGUGGUCAGUCUUUCCCAUCACCAGCGACAUCGAGUAACGUGGACAUGCAUCCUCACCUUGCAGAAGAAUUAAAUGCUAGACUCACCAUGUGUGGUGAUUCGGCCACUAGCCAGCUCAUGUCCAGCUCAAAUCAUUCCAGCAGAAGAGGCAGUUUACAAGCCUAUACUUUUGAGGAACAGCCUACACUUCCUGUGCUUCUGCCUACAUCAUUCGGAUUGCCACCCGGGUGGGAAGAAAAACAAGAUGAAAGAGGAAGAUCGUAUUACGUCGAUCACAAUUCUAGAACCACCACUUGGGCAAAACCCUCCACACAGCCCACCAUGGACACCAGUCAGCUGCCAUCGGGCCAGAGCUCAGCAGGCCCUCGGCCGCUGCUUCCCGCCAGUGACCCAGCGUUGCAGGUGACACAGCCAUCUGAAAUUGAACAAGGAUUCCUUCCUAAAGGCUGGGAGGUCCGCCAUGCACCAAAUGGAAGGCCCUUCUUCAUUGACCACAACACCAAAACCACCACCUGGGAAGAUCCAAGAUUGAAAAUCCCGGCUCAUCUGAGAGGAAAAUCUUCACUGGACCCACCUAAGGAUCUAGGACCUUUACCUCCAGGAUGGGAAGAAAGAACCCACACAGAUGGAAGGAUCUUCUACAUAAAUCACAAUAUAAAAAGAACCCAGUGGGAAGACCCUCGCUUGGAGCAUGUCGCAAUUACUGGACCAGCAGUGCCUUACUCCAGAGAUUACAAAAGAAAGUAUGAAUUCUUCCGAAGAAAGUUGAAGAAGCAGAAUGACAUUCCAAACAAAUUUGAAAUGAAGCUUCGCCGAACGACUGUUCUAGAAGAGUCCUACCGGAGAGUGAUGAGUGUCAAGAGAACCGACCUCCUCAAGGCUCGGCUUUGGAUCGAGUUUGAUGGUGAAAAGGGCUUAGACUACGGAGGAGUGGCCAGAGAAUGGUUCUUCCUCAUCUCAAAGGAAAUGUUUAACCCCUACUAUGGGUUGUUUGAAUACUCUGCUACGGAUAAUUACACCCUACAGAUAAACCCCAAUUCUGGCCUGUGUAAUGAAGAUCACCUCUCUUACUUCAAGUUCAUCGGUCGAGUCGCUGGCAUGGCUGUUUAUCAUGGCAAACUCUUGGAUGGUUUCUUCAUCCGCCCGUUUUACAAGAUGAUGCUACAGAAACCGAUAACUCUUCAUGACAUGGAGUCAGUGGAUGGUGAAUAUUAUAAUUCGCUAAGAUGGAUUCUUGAAAAUGAUCCAACAGAAUUGGACCUCAGGUUCAUCAUCGAUGAAGAACUUUUUGGACAGACACAUCAACAUGAGUUGAAAAAUGGAGGAUCAGAAAUCGUGGUCACCAAUAAGAACAAAAAGGAAUAUAUUUACCUUGUAAUACAAUGGCGGUUUGUCAACCGAAUCCAGAAGCAGAUGUCUGCUUUUAAAGAGGGGUUUUUUGAACUAAUACCACAGGAUCUCAUCAAAAUCUUUGAUGAAAAUGAGCUGGAGCUCCUUAUGUGUGGAUUGGGAGACGUCGAUGUGAAUGACUGGAGAGAACACACCAAGUAUAAAAAUGGCUACUGUGCCAAUCACCAAGUCAUCCAGUGGUUCUGGAAGGCAGUCUUAAUGAUGGACUCAGAAAAAAGAAUAAGAUUGCUCCAGUUUGUCACCGGCACGUCCCGUGUGCCUAUGAAUGGAUUUGCUGAACUCUAUGGCUCAAAUGGACCACAGUCAUUUACGGUGGAGCAGUGGGGUGCUCCGGAGAAGCUGCCCAGAGCGCACACCUGCUUCAAUCGCUUGGACCUGCCACCCUAUGGAUCAUUUGAAGAAUUAUGGGAUAAACUGCAGAUGGCAAUCGAAAACACUCAGGGUUUUGAUGGAGUUGAUUAAACCAAACAAGCCAUGGUGUCUUUUAUUCCCCCCCCACCCCCCGUUUUCAUAAGCAAAAACGUAUCUUAAAUGUGUCUGGGGAAAACAAAACCUAAACACUUAGCCACCGUAUCUGCCCCAGCUAGCACAGGAAAAAAUCACUGAAAAAAAAAAGGUUAGAAAGAAAACGCACGGCAACUUUGCCACCACUUUUAUUUUUCUCAGAGCCAGGGCUGCAUUCGUUCUGUCUUUAAGAAUUUCCAUGCUACCAUUUAGAAGUCCUGAAAACCUAACACAGUGAGUUCGUUCCUUCACAUUUACCUCUUUUUUUUUUUUUUCUUGCAGUAUUUGCUAGGCAGUUGUUCGUUUUUUAACUACUGAAAAUGUAACUGUGAAGUAUCUGUGAUAAGUGUCAUGUGUGAAAAAAAAAUGGAUGCUUUUUUUUUUUUUUUUUGAGAAGGAAAACUGAAGUUUGGAAUUGUUUUCAUAUUAAGGAAACACCAAGGUGUUUAGUUGUAUUUAGUGUUAAUGCCGGUAUUUAUUCUUAGCGGGCCCCUUAUUGCCAGGAUUUUUGGAAGAACUUUUGGAGAGUAUGUUACCUAUUGCAAAAAAAUGUGUUUACUUUCCUCACAUGUGUGUGUGUGUGUGUGUG